CGAACUCAUUGGAUUUUAUCUUUGAAAGUUUGAUGUGUAUGCUUCUCGUGGUCUCUCCUUCAUUCAUUUUUUCAGCUUCACGUCUCCCAAUUCCAACCGUCAAAUCCAAUUAUCUCUCUCUGGCCCCCAAAUCCGAUCACACAUUCAGUUGCUCGCGAUUGAUCGGAAUCAAAUCAUAACACUCCGAUCUUCUUCUUCUUCAUCUUCUUCUGGAGAUCGAGAAAAUGGGGAGGGUGUUUGUUACAGCACUGGAAGGAGAGAUGUAUCGAUGCAAGCACUGUGCAACCCCUCUCGCUCUUUCUCACCACAUCGUCUCCAAGUCUUUCCAUUGCAAGCACGGGAAGGCUUAUCUCUUCAGUAACGUAGUGAAUGUCACAUGUGGCCCCCAUGAGGAGAGGAAGAUGAUGACCGGAUUGCACACCGUUGCAGACAUUUUUUGCGUCCAAUGUGGAUCCAUUGUUGGCUGGAAAUAUGAGAUUGCUCACGAGAAGGACCAGAAGUACAAAGAAGGGAAAUCAGUCCUUGAACGGUUUAAGAUAGUUGGUCCAAACGAAAGCAGCUAUGGGGCAAGUCAUGAAGGAAUUGGCUCAGAUUAUGUGUGAUGAUAAUGGAUUGCCCUCUGAAAAACAUGUUGUAUCCCCAAUUUGUACAUUCUAUACCAUAUGUCACAUUCUUGUUCUUAUAACUGAAAUGUGUACAUUCCAUACCAUAUGCCAUGUUCUUGUUCUUAUAACUGAAGUAAUGUCCCCUGUAAUUUCCUUAAAUAAAUGCUUCAAAUGCGUUUAUAUGUAAGCAUUCGAUUCAGUAUUGUUCAAUUCAGUUCAAAAUUACUCUGUAAAUUUUAUUCACUUCAGUAUUACUUCAUUCAACUCUACUGAACGCGCCCGAAAGAUAAGAAAGAAAAAAACAUUUA